AUGAUAUUUUUAUCACUUUGUGGUCAAUUGGGAGCACUUAUUUGGGUGUUAAUAGUGAUCAACGAGAAGCCCAAAGACGCGCAGAUAUCUAUAGUGAGUCGCGAGGUGUUUGAGUCGAGUUCAGUGGUCGACUCCGAGGGCUCCAUCAAUGAGUCGAUCCGAUCGUACGACUCGCCGGCCGUCACAUUCAAGAGACAUAUCCGGCAAUUGUUUGACAUCAGUAAUGUUGUCGACAUAUUCUACACGUGUAUCAAACGGCGACCCAACAGAGCCAGGACUCAGAUAUGGCUGCUGUUUGUGUCCAUAUGUUGUGUCAUGUUGUCGUACAUGGGUUCAGUGAUCAUUCUGUGGCAAUACGUCGAGAAACUGUUCAGUUGGUCCGCUAAAUACUACUCUAAUAUCAACUCUUUGGUCACAGUUUUUACCAUCAUUUCGAUGGCUAUUAUAAUACCGGUGUUUAUGAAGAAAUUGAAAGUUCGAGACAUGCUUUUAGCCAUCAUAGGAGUGGUAUCCCUAUUACUUCAAUGUCUUUUGCGUGGUUCGUGGCAACGACCGGACGGUCUAUACAUGUCAUUCGUUGCGGGUAUGUUUGCGCCCAUUUCCAUGAUAGCCAUCCGUUCCCGUCUGUCAAAGAUCAUCCACGAGGACGAGACGGGCAAAGUGUUCAGUUUGAUGGCAACGGUCGAGUCAAUUAUGCCAUCCUUGGCCUCAGUCUACUACUCAAGCAUUUUCGCGGCCAGUAUUGACACCUACCCGGGACUGGCCUUUCAAAUCGCCGCUUUUAUU